GGUUUAGUAACCUCCUUACAUCCUUCAACACUUCAAUACUAACCCUUCGGGUUUUCCAAGCGUCAAUUUCAACCACCAACCAGUCACCAUGAAACUGUUCUUGGUUCUUGCUAUCGUGGUGGUGUUCGCCUGGUCCUCCGAAGCGCAAAACGGUGCAAGCUACUACUGCGGUCGCCGUCUAGCUGAAGUCCUGGCUACUCUUUGCUGGGGCUCUGAAGAAGUGAAGCGCGAUGCGGGCUGGUGGAUGUCCCCCGAUGCGGCCCACUCCCUCAGCGGGGCCCGAGGCAAGCGGGGCCCCGUCGACGAGUGCUGCUACAAACCCUGCACGGUGGAUGAGCUGCUCUCGUACUGCUAGCGAAGUUACAGGCAUGGCUGAUUGUCAAGUGAACGUGUUGAAUAUUUGAUGUAAAUAAAUUAUGGAGG